AAUUAAUUCGCUUUAGAGCAUGUAGCACAAAUAUAAAAUACAUAUUAAUUGACUACAUGCAUAUAGAUUUAUAAUUAUAUAUUAUUUUAGAUAAUAGAAAACAAGUACAAUUAUAAGAUAAAUGAUAACUGACUUAAUGUAAUAUAUAAUGUUGUAUAGUAAUAAAAACGAUCUACGUAAGAGUUUUAAAACGAAUUGCGACCCAAAAUACCGUACCAUCUAAACCUACCUCUAUCGUACCGCGUACCUAAGAAAGUGUCGUACUAUGUACCUGUACCCGUACCACGUACCAAAGCAACCCACGAUCCAAGUAACAUUGUGUGUAACUUAUGUAUUUAUAUUUCAGCAUAAAUAAUACUCAAUUUAGCAGAGAAUAUUGAUUUAUUCAUCCUCUUGUUAUGCAUUGAUGUAAAAGUGAUUCCUCUAAUUUGAUAGAAGGUGGACAAUCUAUGUAUCCACUCAAUAACAGCCGAAAAUUAUUAAACACUGUAUGGUCGAGCAAAGACAACAAUAGCUAGCUAUGGACUACCUAAAUUCUAAUUGCAUUGUCCGAGUUUCUUCAGGAGGAUGUAUCGAUGAGGAUAUUUAUAUUUUCCUUUCUAGUCUUAAAACAGGACUUGAAUAAUUGUUAAAUGAAAAUUGAGAGAUCUUCUUUGAUUUGGUAUUCUGUAGCAUCCUUAAGGAUGGAUUCUUAGCUCAAAUGGUAGGACUGGGAGGUAAGGUAUUGUACUAUCAGUAAAUGUCUUGAUCCGUCAUUUUAUUUAACUUCUCAGCCUAGUAAUAUUCUGUUAACUUAUAGAAUAAUUGUCUAACAGGUACCUUGGCUUCACUAUCAGAGUAGGUAAUGAAAAAUCUAAAGACAUCGAGCUGACAACUUUUCUUAUCUCUCUCUCUUUCCUCUAAUACUUUGAACCAUCAACAUCAAUAGGUUUUCAUGGAGCAUAUUUAUUUCUAUUGGAUGCAAUAUUUUAGGAGAAAUAUAUGUUUAGUUCAUGCUUACUACAAUAUUUUCUUGGCACGAAAAGUUUUUCAUUGUGCAGUUUCAAAGAGGCAGAAUCGAGAUAGAAUAUUGGGGCUUGCAUUAUAAGUUUUUGCAAUGAGUAACUGAAGGAACCGUUCUUUCUUUACUUGCCUAUAUUGGUUGUAAUGUGCUUUAAUGGUCAUUGGCAUCUUGCAGUUGAUUCCGUUGUUUAAUGGGAGAAUGCGUUUGAUUUUUUGUCGCCCUUUUUCUAUUAGCAUAGGGUUACAUAUUAGAUCAAACAUGAAUUUUGUGGGAUUUAUGCCCUUGGGUUUUUAAUGGUUGUUCAACAGUUAUUGAACUCCUAAUGAAGGGCCUUUUUUUUGGCAAACUCUUGCUGGUUCUGCUGCUUGGCCUGCUAAAGAGGUCAUUUUUUGACAAAAGGGAAGACAUUUGCCAAUUUCCCCAGUUGUAGAGUCAUUUGACACACAUUUGCUACAAUGAAGGUCCCAGGGACAUGGCGAUGGAUGCUUGGAGCAUCUGGAGUGCCUGCCAUUAUUCAAUUUUCUAUUAUGUUAUUCUUGCCCGAGUCCCCACGCUGGCUUUACAUGAAGAAGGAUAAAUCUGAAGCCAUUGUGGUGCUCUCUAAAAUUUAUGAUCCUUAUCGAUUGGAGGAAGAGAUUGAUCAGCUUGCUACUGCAUUAGAGGAAGAAUGCCAAAGAAAGAAUGAUGUCAGAUACUGGGAUGUUUUUAGAAGCAAAGAAAUCAGACUUGCAUUUCUUGCUGGAGCUGGACUUCAGGUAAUAUAUAGACUUCACCAAAAAAAGUGUUCUAUCUGCUUUUUUUUGAGUCUUCAAAAUUUGACCAAGGAAGUUCUUUUCGUUGCUGCUAUAUGUGGGUUGGUUCAGUGUUUUAAUUAGACAAUAGAAAUCAAAAGGGAGAAAUUAGAUAAGCUUAAAUUGAAGAGUUUGAUUUUAGUAUUAUUAUAUUAUUUAGGGGAUAUUUGUUUGACUAGGAUUGUUUUAGUAAUUU